CGGCUCCUCCCCUUCAGUCUUGCACAGGUGUACUGGCUCCUCCCCUUCAGUCUUGCACAGGUGUACCAGCUCCUCCCCUUCAGUCUUGCACAGGUGUACCGGCUCCUCCCCUUCAGUGUACUGGCUCCUCCCCUUCAGUCUUGGACAGGUGUACCGGCUCCUCCCCUUCAGUCUAGCACAGGUGUAGUGGCUCUUCCCCUUCAGUCUUGCACAGGUGUACCGGCUCCUCCCCUUCAGUCUUGGACAGGUGUACCGACUCCUCCCCUUCAGUCUUGCACAGGUGUACCUGCUCCUCUCCUGGAUUGAAAUAGCUUACUCUGAUAUCACCGCACGCUGUGAGCUUCUCACAUUGUGCAU